AACAUUUUUCCUUAAGAAACUCUGCAAUGAAGAUUCAUCUCCUUUUCUUUAUUCUAUUCCUUUUGGUCACAGUUUUACCAGCCAAAAGGAAAUAUCCCCAAUAUGGUAGCUUGGAUUUGUCAAAAGAGUGCAUAGAUGGUAACGGUCGAUGUAGAAAUUAUUGCCCUGAAAAUGAGGUUAGAAUCGCUUACUGCAUCAGGCCAGGAACUCAUUGCUGCCUGGAGUCUGAAGGAUGAGAGAAGAAAAGAGACAAAGGCUCCAAGAGAAGAUAAGUGUUAUGAAGUCUUCCCAGCAUAUCCUUCAAGGCCUGUGUGUCUAUAAAACUCAGAAAAUUAAAUAAAUUUAAUU